UCCUCAAGGAGGAGGACAAUCGCCUUUCAUGCUCGCAGCAUUGUAAAAAUUUUCCCCCUGCCGAUGCUCACAUGCUUGUUAUUGUUCUGUGCACAUUUACUUCCUUUAAAAAUCCAUUCAUUUCGUCCAAAUCCGAAUCAGCCGUUAGAGUUCUUCAUCGCUUCUGCACUCCACCCUUUUUGAGUCCACUCAUCUUUUUAUGCCUGAUCUGUUGGGAUUCAGAGUGGGUGUUGUCACAGGACAAUGAUCGAGAGACCCGACUCAGCUGUUUCCAGCGUUGCACAGAGGAAUCUGGAGGGUUAUGUCGGCUUCGCCAACCUCCCAAACCAGGUGUACAGGAAGUCCGUGAAGAGGGGGUUUGAGUUCACACUCAUGGUUGUCGGUGAGUCUGGACUGGGCAAAUCCACGCUUAUCAAUUCCCUCUUUCUGACAGACCUGUACUCCAAAGACUACCCUGGCCCAUCUCAAAGGAUCAAGAAGACUGUUCAGGUCGAACAGUCUAAAGUGCUGAUAAAGGAGGGGGGCGUCCAGCUGACGCUGACCAUCGUCGACACACCAGGCUUUGGAGAUGCGGUGGACAACAGCAACUGCUGGCAACCCGUCAUCAACUACAUCGACAGUAAGUUUGAAGACUUCCUCAAUGCUGAAUCCCGGGUAAACAGGAGGCAAAUGCCUGACAACAGGGUGCACUGCUGCUUGUACUUCAUCGCCCCCUCUGGUCACGGACUGAAGCCUCUUGAUAUAGAGUUUAUGAAGCGUCUUCAUGACAAAGUCAACGUUAUCCCUCUCAUCGCCAAGGCCGAUACUCUCACGCCAGAGGAGUGCCAGCUGUUCAAGAAACAGAUCAUGAAGGAGAUCCAGGAGCACAAAAUCAAGAUCUACGAGUUUCCCGACACAGAGGACGAUGAGGACAGCAAACUGAUCCGAAAGAUAAAGGAGAAGAUGCCUCUGGCCGUGGUUGGUAGCAACGUGGUGAUCGAAGUUAAUGGCAGGAAGGUUAGAGGGCGUCAGUACCCCUGGGGUGUGGCAGAAGUGGAGAAUGGUGAGCACUGUGACUUCACGGUCCUGAGGAAUAUGCUAAUCAGGACUCACAUGCAGGACCUGAAGGACGUGACCAAUAAUGUUCACUAUGAAAACUACCGGAGCAAGAAACUAGCAGCCGUCACCUGCAACGGGGUUGAUGCCACCAAGAACAAGGGCCAGCUCACAAAGAGUCCCCUGGCCCAGAUGGAGGAGGAGAGGAGGGAGCAUGUGAUGAAGAUGAAGAAGAUGGAGACAGAGAUGGAGCAGGUCUUUGAGAUGAAGGUCAAAGAAAAGAAGCAAAAACUGAAGGACUCUGAGGCAGAGUUGGAGCGGCGUCACGAACAGAUGAAGAAGAAUCUAGAAGCUCAGUAUAAAGAGCUGGAGGAGAAGAGGCGCCAGUUUGAGGAUGAAAAAGCCAACUGGGAGGCCCAGCAACGCAUCCUGGAGCAGCAGAAACUUGAUGCAUCAAAGACUAUGGAAAAGAACAAGAAAAAAGGAAAAAUCUUUUAAGGCAUCAUGAAGCUCCAUUCCUUAUAAAACCAGAAACUCCUUGCAUCUCUUCUUAGGCUGUAAUGUUCUAUGACCCCAUAAGAAACACAAGCAGGAGUGCUAUGGUACACUUUGCAUGAAUGAAAGCUAUGAAAAUAUAGGGUAUUUUUAUAGUCACAUCCACACACAAAUGUACCGCCCUCUUCUGGAUGACUAUAACAUUAUACCACAUGCCCAGUAUGUCAAGUGCAUGUUCUCAACCUUUUGAUUAGAAUGAGAAUAUCAACCAACAUUCCUUUGAAACCUUAUAUUCUGGUCAUUACAAACAAUACUUAAUGUUUGGGAUCAUUUCUGACAUUUUCAACACAUCUUAGUGUGAAGAAGGUCUCGUGGUAGGUUUGGAUGGGUGCGAUGGAGGAUGACUCAGACGGACGGAAGCAAGUGCAACGAGUUUUUACAGAGCUAAGCAUGCAUGUGUUGAAAAGCAACGCUAAGGAUAGAUGGUUUAUGGUCUUUGAUUUCAGCUAGUGUGUGUGACUUGUGUGUUUCUUUGGGGUCAUAAACAUUUAAAGACUUGUUUUAACAUUAUUGCACAGCUAAAUUAUGACAAUAACAGUUUUCAAUGUUUUUAAAAUCCAUUUCCUGGCUGUGUACGUAGAUAAUUGUGUCCCUACCAUAGAUGGUGUAAUACAAAAUGUCAUGAUUGUCAACAUAAAUAAUAACAAUAGUCAUUUUUUGAUAUGGGUGGAUAUAAAAUAAUUACAAUAAUAUUAUAGGAUGUUGCUCGAACAUUCUGCCUUAAAAUUGCAGACUGUUUCUGCUCGUUUUGUUUUCUUUUUUUAUUGUGAACCGAUUAUGUCAGAUGUCCCUCAACCUAUUCCUAAACUGAUCUGAGACCAGUUUGUUUCAUUUUAAUAGUUGGGACUUGGAUUUUUAGUUGUUAUGGCUGGUCCUAGAUCAGGGCUUGAUGGUCAGUUUUUAACCUGAGUGAGUUCAGUAUAUCUAAACCGAUGUUAUUUUAGCCAUACUUAGCCAGAUUACCCUUUAUAAUAAACCUGCUUUACAUUCCAAAUAGAAAUGAGAAUGGAAGAGCUCUUUAGUUUCUGUCGGAUGGUUUAGAGUUAUAACACGCAGGCUCCAGGUCUAACACAUGCCAAACAGCGUAUAUAGACAGCAACGUGCACAAAACUCUCGAUGCAAAGGACAAUAAAGAGUCCCUGUAUGCCUCAUGUGAUCACACACUAUUAUAUAUUUUGCCGGUUUGUCAAUAUGCAAGUUUGAAAACACUCCGUUCUUCCUGUCGUGGAAUGCUAAUCCACACAGAUGCUCUGAAGUACGUUUCGUUUAAGGUUUUAGUAGAACAGUAUUCUGGGAAAAAGAAUUUACAAAAUUUUUCAUUAACCACUCAUCACUUUUCCUUUUUAACGGUAGACCUGAACAUGGCUCUAGACAUGUUUGUUUUCUUAUUAUUGUUGUUUGUAUAUGUAUACAAUUUUCUGUUUCAUGUUUAUAUCUUCAACUGUUAUUCUUUCUGCCUAACUGUACAAUAUUAAACAUGAGAUGUUAUGCUGA